AUGUCUGUGAAUAUGCAGACCAGCAACAGGUUGCUGUGCAUCGUCAAGACCAUCUCGAGAAAGUCUCGCGCAUCAUCUCGCCGUGCACAUACCAUUUCGUACAUUCCACCACCGAAACCGCACGUUCCAGUCAUGCCUUUGUUGAUGCCCACUACACGACCGAUACCCGCCUCCCUGAGGACGUUUCUGCCCCAAAGUUGCAACACCCACAAGCGACGGAGAUAUUCCUCCCAGACACACGCACGCGCGCCAGACACCAAUAGCCCGAGCGCACAGGCAUCAACAAGAGGGAAAGGCGUACCGCAAUACAAUGGGGCAAGAUCGAUUGGAGGGUACGACCGCAAAAGUGAUAGAGAGGGACAAUAUGAGGACGAAGGAAUGGUCGUGAUAUCUUCAAGGGCUCAUUUCCGAGACAGACACGGGCGUCCGUGGUCGAAAUUUUCUGACGAGGGUCACGCCGACACAGACGCGGGUGUGGGUAUCGGUGCCUCUUCAAAACCCAGAAGGAAACCGCGUUUAGAGUUGCGAGACUUGAACGUGAAGCCGCGGAAGAAGCUUGAGCCCUGGCAGACCCAAAAGGUCAGUCUCUCGAAGAAAUUUGGUGAUGAAGGAUGGAACCCGCGGAAGCGACUCUCGCCGGAUGCGAUGGAUGGGAUCCGUACUCUCCACGAAGAAGAUCCAGAGCGAUGGUCCACACCACUUCUUGCACAACAUUUCAAGGUGUCUCCAGAGGCAAUCCGGAGGAUAUUGAAGAGUAAAUGGCGACCAAAGGAUGAAGUUGAGAUGGAGAAAAGGAGAGAAAGAUGGGCAAAGCGGCACGAUCGGAUCUGGGACCAUCAAUCUGAGCUUGGGUUGAGACCAAAGAGGACGAAGGACAGGGAGAUGGAGGAUCCAGAUGCCUUUGACGAGGAGCUGAGAGCAAAGGAGAUGCUGGAGAAUGCACGGAAAGCAUGA